CGGCGGGGCUGCCGAGCCCCCGGGACCGGGAACGGCGACGUUGCCCCACCGGGACGGGCACGGCCGCAGCCGCGGGAGCUGCCCCAGUGCCGGGACGGGCGGCGGGAGGGGAGCAGACCCAUGAAGCUCCUCCAAGCCGGGGUGCAGGGCACGGAGCAGAGCUGCCCCAGCUCCGAGAGCGGGACCGUGGCCGGGAGAGCCUCGCCAGGGCCGGGCAGUGCCGUGGGCGCCCGCGGGACGCCGAUGCUGUAGGACGAUGCCGUGUGGAGCCGGUGGCCGCGCGGUGCUGGCGCUGAUGACCCUGUCCCUCGGCCUCGCAGCCGACGAGCUGCUGUGCGCCUGCGACGUGCCCUUCUGCAGCCAGCCCACCUGCACGGGCAAGGUGUGCUUCGUCAGCAAGAGGAGGGAGGAGGGGACCAUCACCCAGCACCGGGGCUGCUUCUCCCAGAACAUCCUGGAGCACUGCAACACGCCCGUGACGGAGCAGUACGGCAUGAGGUGCUGCGAGUCCCACAUGUGCAACGCCGAGCUGGAGAUCUUCCUGCAAGGAGAAGAUGCCCUGGGAAAAGUGCCUUCCCUGCCCAACCUCCUCCUGAUGAUCUUCGUCCCGCUGCUCGCCCUCCUCGUCCUCGUGGCGCUCACGGGGCUCUUCUGCUGGAAGGUGGCCCAGCACCGCCAGAAGCAGAGUGACCUCAGCGACACCGACCUCAUGCUGAAGGUGUCCAUGGUGGGAGACAGCACCUUAGAGGACCUGCUGAACGACGACUGCACCACGGGCAGCGGUUCGGGGCUGCCCUUCCUCGUGCAGAGAACGGUGGCUCGGCAGAUCACCCUCGUGGAGUGCGUGGGUAAAGGGCGCUACGGCGAGGUGUGGCGAGGCGUGUGGCACGGGGAGAGCGUGGCCGUGAAGAUCUUCUCCUCCCGGGACGAGCAGUCGUGGUUCCGCGAGACGGAGAUCUACAACACCGUCCUGCUCCGGCACGACAACAUCCUGGGUUUCAUCGCCUCUGACAUGACGUCGAGGAACUCCAGCACCCAGCUGUGGCUCAUCACCCACUACCACGAGAACGGCUCCCUCUACGACUUCCUGCAGAGAACGGUCCUGGACGUGGAGACCUGCCUGGGCCUGGCCUCCUCCAUCAUCUGCGGCCUCGUCCACCUCCACGUGGAGAUCUUCGGCACCCAGGGCAAGCCCGCCAUCGCCCACCGGGACCUGAAGAGCAGGAACAUCCUGGUGAAGAGCAACCGGCAGUGCUGCAUCGCUGACCUGGGACUGGCUGUCAUGCACUCCCAGGGCAGCGACUACCUGGACAUCGGCAACAACCCCCGGGUGGGCACCAAGCGCUACAUGGCCCCCGAGGUGCUGAGCGAGCAGAUCCGCACCGACUGCUUCGAGUCCUACAAGAAGACGGACAUCUGGGCCUACGGGCUGGUGCUCUGGGAGAUCACCCGGCGCACGGCGGUGAACGGAAUCGUGGAGGAGUAUCGGCCGCCCUUCUUCGACGCCGUCCCCAGCGACCCCAGCUUCGAGGACAUGAAGAAGGUGGUGUGUGUGGACCAGCAGACCCCCGUGAUCCCCAACCGCCUCUUCUCUGACUCGGUUCUGUCGGCGCUGGCGAGGGUCAUGAAGGAGUGCUGGUACCAGAGCCCCUCCGCCCGCCUCACCGCCCUGCGCAUUAAAAAGACGCUGAAGAAGCUGAACAAUUCCCUGGAAAAGCCAAAGCCGGAGCAGUGAGAGCCGGGAACACGCUGGAGCCGCUCACGGGCUGCACCGGGGACUGCGGCGAGGCCGGUGUCGGGAUGGCUCCGGUCUCAGAGGGGUUUUGCUCACGGCCCCCGCCUCUCCCACCCCUCCUUGGAGCCGUUUGGAUUUGCAAGGACUGAAAAAAAUAGGGAAAAAAAAAAAAAACAAGCAAACCAUAGGAGGAAUCUUCCAGUCGGUUAUAAAAAUACCCCCCCGGAUCCGUCAUCCGACGCCGGCGCGUCUCGUCUGCCCGGCGGGGAGGGCAGCGGGUGCCUGGGGCUGGUGGCACACCCUGAGCCCCCCGGCUGGACACCACCACGAGGGGCACCGAGGACAGAACCAUCCCCUGCUGCACCCCGAGCCCGCGGGGCACCCACCCAGCGCCGGCACCGCCCUGGCACCAGUUCCAGCCCCGGAGCUGCCCAGACCUGCCCGCCCGGCGCUGGCAGCGGGAACGCCGCGGGCUCGGCGGCGGCGGCAGGAAUUCCCCGGCAGGGCUGCGGUGCCCGGCGCGCCUCUCGCCGAAGGAGAGGGAUGGAUUUCACUGGGAAAGGAUGGUCCAAGGGCAGCAUCGCCCCGGUCACGCCGGAUCCGCGCCCUGGCGCGUCGUGGGGCUCCCCAGGAUGAGGAGCUGCUGGCGUCAAGCACGGCCUGAGCACCCCUCCGAGGCGGGGGUCCCGUGGUGGCCUGAUCCUUCCCUGCCCAGCAGCCGGCACCCCCUUCCCAAAGAAGUGCCCUUUUGGGUCUUUGCCAGAGUUUUGGUGUUUCCCGAGGUGUUCCGGCUCUGUCCCGCGUCGCUCGCCGCCAUCCCAAAAUCCGCCCCGCGCUCCGGGCUGUUCAGACACGACCAGGACGGGACGCUCAGCAGAGCCAGCUUUGCUCCAUAACUAUUUAAUUAUUAAGAUUUAAUAUAUUUAAUAAAGUGUAAAGCUAU